GCCCUCAUGAACAGCACCCAUAGCGCUGUGGGCAGGCCCUGCUGCAGCUCUACCAAGGGGCAAAAAACAGGCGGACGGAAGACAUGGCCUAUAUCCUGUACAACGACCAGCCCCCAAAGAACGUCACCUCCUCCACCAGCGCCCGGGGGCACACGAAGGGCGUGGUCCUGCUGGACAGAGCCCAGGGCUUCUGGCUGCUGCACAGCACCCCCCACUACCCGCCCCCCACGCCAGAGACCUACGCCUGGCCCCACAGCGGCCUGCACAACGGCCAGUCCUUCCUGUGCGUCACCUUCCCCUACGCCCAGUUCAAGGAGAUUGGCACCCAGCUGCGGUUCAGCGACCCCGAGGUGUUCGACGCCCGGGUGCAGGGGCCCUUCGCCCAGGACCUGCCCGACCUGCGCCAGGCCUCCGAGAUGCAGCCCGUGCGGGAGCCCCCCUGGAACCGCAGCGUGGCCCUGACCUCGCUGGGGGGGCGCCGCUUCCUGAGCCUGGCCAAGUUCCGGCUCUUCCACGAUGAUCUGUACUCCGGCCAGCUCCCCCUGAGGUCUCCCCCCCACCCCUGGAUCAGCCCCACAGUGCCUCUGAGUGACCCCCCAUGGGGCAUUUCCCCUCCCUCCA